AUGGAGAGAGGGAGAGGUCAGGUGGCAGCCGCCAUCUUCUUCUUCUUCUUCUUCGUCGUCGUCGUCAUCGUCGUAGAUUCUGCGGGGGUCCUCGCUGCUGGAUCCCCCAAGCUGGCAAGAUACGAAGGUACACCGAAUCUCCCUAACAUCCUGUCGAUGGGGGUAUAUUUUUCUGGAUCUGGAUGAACAGUCGUUUACAUGUUGAGGAAGUUUUCUUGGAUGUUCUUGUAUUCUCUUCUUUGGUGGUGUUGGGGAAGCAGUGAAUGCCCUUCAGCAGAUUGCCAAGAGUUUGAAGAAGACGAAAUGGGACUUUGGCGUUGAUCCAUGCAGCGGCCGAGGGAACUGGAAUGUCUCCAGUUCCCUCAAACGCAUUGAGAGCUCCGUCAUCUGCGACUGCUCCUCCAACAGCUCCGCUUGCCACGUCAUCACCAUGUAUCCUCUCUCUCUCUCUCACACACACACACACAUUCUUAGUCACGAUGGUCUGCGAGCUUGGAUUUUACCUGGUGAGUUUCUAAAGCCUCCUUUCCAGUGA